AUGAGCGCCACCAAUCGAGAUGGCGCAACACAGCAUGAUCUACAUAGCUCAGCUCGUCUAGACAAAGAAAACGAGGGACCGAUGCAAUCCUCGGACAUCACUUUGCACUCAGAUUCCUCCUCGUCGAUCGAGGAAGACCCCGAAAAGAAUGCUGGGGGUACUCAGAGCACGGACUUGGAGAGGUUGGAGAGAUCGAUGUCAACACCACAUUCAAGAAAGGGACAAGAGGAAAAGGCUUCGGAGAAGGACCCGAAUUUGGUAGAAUGGGACGGCCCGGAUGAUCCAGAGAACCCCCAGAACAUGCCAAAAUGGAGGAAAUGGGUUUUGACCAUGACGCUGUCCUCCUUGACAAUGUGGAUCACUUUCGCCAGUAGUGUGUUCUCGACAGCAACCGUGGUGACAGCUAAGGAGUACAACGUUUCAACUGAAGUUAUGACUCUAGCGACUAGUUUGGUGGUGUUUGGAUUCGCAGUUGGGCCUUUGAUGUGGUCUCCUCUCUCAGAAUUAUACGGACGGAGAAUACCAUUGUUUUCUGGCUAUGCCAUCUUCGCAAUUUUUCAGAUCCCGGUCGCAGUGGCACAAAAUGUUCAGACAAUCAUGCUGUGCCGUUUUCUCAUGGGGGUUUUUGGUUGCUCUCCCCUGGCUGUGGUGGGGGGCGCAAUGGCCGAUUUCUGGGACCCCGUGGAUCGUGCCGUGGCCAUUGCUUGUUUCUCAGCUGCGACUUUUGUUGGGCCCGUUAUCGGCCCUAUUGUGGGUGGUUUCAUUACAGAGUCGCAUCUUGGCUGGCGGUGGACAGCCUGGAUCACAUUGAUAGCCUCUGCAUCGUUCGGUACCUUUGCGCUGUUCACCGUCCCCGAAACCUAUGGCCCGGUCAUUCUUCAGAAACGUGCUGCUCGCCUGCGGCGGGAGACUGGUAACUGGGCAUUGCAUUCGUUCCUGGACGAGCAUCGCCCGACGGCAUCAGAAAUCGUUACGAAAUAUCUUCUGCGCCCGGUCCAAAUGCUGUUCCUCGAACCGAUCCUGUUAGCUAUGACGAUAUACCUGGCUUUUAUCUACGGUAUCCUGUAUCUGUUCUUCGAGGCCUACCCGGUCUCCUUCAUGGAAGUUCGAGGUUGGACGAAUGGGGGUGUGGCAGGGCUACCCUUCCUUGGGAUUAUGAUUGGAGUUCUCUGCGGUGUUGCCUUGAUCAUCUGGCAGACCAAGACGCGCUUUGCACGGAAACUGGAGAAACAUGGCAGAGUUGUACCAGAAGAGCGCCUGGUUCCCAUGAUGAUUGCUUCUGUUCUGUUGCCAGCUGGUCUCUUCUGGUUCGGGUGGACCUCGGAUCCCAAUAUUUCAUGGGUGCCCCAGGUAAUUGCAGGUGUCCCCAUCGGAAUGGGUAUCCUGGUUAUCUUCAUGCAAGGUCUUAACUACAUCAUCGACGUGUACAUGAUGUUUGCCAACUCAGCUAUUGCUGCCAACACUCUCAUCCGGAGUAGCUUGGGCGGUGCUUUCCCGCUCUUUGCCGUGCAGAUGUACCAUAGAUUGGGUGUAAACUGGGCAUCCAGUCUCCUUGGAUUCCUCACGGUUGCUAUGAUACCCAUUCCAGUCGUCUUUUUCUUUUACGGAGCGAAGAUUCGUGCCAUGAGCAAGUUUUCGCCGAAGUUCUAG